CGGGAAGGCUCGGCAGCGCUUCCCACCUGACGGGAACGCUGACGGGCUCCCGGAAAGGAUGGCUGGGAUUGCCCAGGCUGCCCUCGGGCUCUCCUGGCCCUGAAAAUAACCCGUGUGGGCGGCGCCGAUGGGCCGGCGGGACCACGCUAUGUCGGGAGCAUGGAAACCAGGCGCAUAUUUUAGGCUGCGUGGAUGAUUCGACCUGCACAAAGAAUCACAGAUUAGUUUGUGUUGGAAGGGACCUCUGGAGAUCAUCCAGUCCAUCCCCCCCGCCCAGGCAGGGUCACCUAGAGCAGGUUACACAGGAACGUGUCCAGGAAGCGUGACUAUGAAGGGUUUCUGUGUUCUCUGCUGUUGCCUGCAGAAUCUCGAACCUCUGCUUUUGCCUUGAGAGCCUUCAAUGUGGAACUGGCUCAGGCAGCAUAGAUAGACCAAGUGUCCUAAAGACACUGAAUUUCACUCCAGAUGUAUCCUUUCCAGAUUAAAGACUCCAUAACUCAGAAGACGACAGGUUUAAUGCGGAUGCAGUUCUGGAGGGACGCCGUGGAAGACAUAUACAGCGAUAACCCACCACAUCAGCCUGUUGCUACAGAAUUGUGGAGGGCUGUCAAGAGACAUAACUUGACUAAAAUGUGGUUGAUGAAGAUCAUAGAUGAAAGGGAGAAGAAUUUGGAUGAUAGGGCAUACCGUAACAUCCAGGAGCUCGAAACAUACGCCGAGAACACUCAGAGUGCUCUCUUGUACCUCACCUUGGAAAUGCUGGGUGUGAGGGACAUCCAUGCUGACCAUGCAGCCAGUCACAUUGGGAAAGCACAAGGCAUAGUUACCUGUUUAAGAGCAACUCCGUAUCACUGUACAAGACGAAAGGUCUUUCUUCCCAUGGACAUUUGUAUGUUGCAUGGAGUUUCACAAGAGGACUUCAUAAGAGGCAAGCAAGACAAAAAUGUGAGAGAUGUAAUUUAUGACAUCGCCAGCCAGGCCCAUAUUCAUCUAGAACAUGCUAGAUCUUUCAGUAAGAAAGUUCCUGUGAAGGCAUAUCCUGCUUUUUUCUGUACGGUUGCUUUAGAUGAUUAUUUAUAUAACAUGCGAAAAGUGGACUUCAAUAUAUUUCAUCCAAGCUUACAAAAGAAGAGUACGUUAUUACCACUGUAUUUAUAUAUUAGAUCUUGGAAAAAAACAUAUUAAAGUUUGCUUGGUUUUUUUAAUAUGGA